GAUUGGCGGAGAGCGGGAAAAGGCAGGGAGGCGAGCGGCGAAGAGGCAGGAGAAGAAGAAGAGCGGAAGGCGAGGGAGGGAGAGGGUCUCCGGUGGUGCCUUUGCUGCUGCGUCUUUCGGGGUCCUUUGAGGCGGAGAGGGUCGAAGAUGGUGCUGGAGAGCACGAUGGUCUGUGUCGACAACAGCGAAUACAUGAGGAACGGGGACUUCCUACCGACUCGGCUCCAGGCCCAGCAAGAUGCGGUCAACAUCGUCUGUCACUCGAAGACCCGCAGCAACCCCGAAAACAACGUGGGCCUCAUCACUUUAGCCAAUAACUGUGAGGUCCUGACCACUCUCACUCCGGACACGGGCCGCAUCCUGUCCAAGUUGCACUCGGUGCAGCCCAAGGGGAAGAUCACCUUCUGCACCGGCAUCCGGGUGGCUCACCUGGCUUUGAAACACCGCCAAGGGAAGAACCACAAAAUGCGGAUCAUUGCCUUCGUGGGGAGCCCUGUGGAGGACAAUGAGAAAGACCUGGUGAAACUAGCCAAGCGGCUGAAGAAGGAAAAGGUCAACGUGGACAUCAUCAACUUUGGGGAAGAGGAGGCCAACACGGACAAGCUAACUGCCUUCAUCAACACCCUCAAUGGCAAGGACGGCACUGGCUCCCACCUGGUGACGGUGCCCCCAGGGCCCAGCCUGGCUGAUGCCCUCAUCAGCUCCCCGAUUUUGGCUGGAGAAGGGGGAGCCAUGCUGGGGCUCGGGGCCAGCGACUUCGAGUUUGGGGUGGACCCCAGUGCCGACCCAGAGCUGGCCCUGGCUCUCCGGGUGUCGAUGGAGGAACAGCGGCAGAGGCAGGAGGAGGAGGCCCGCCGGGCCGCAGCGGCAUCUGCAGCCGAAGCUGGGAUCCCAACCACCGGCGGGGAUGAUUCAGAUGACACUCUGCUCAAGAUGACCAUCGGUCAGCAGGAGUUUGGCCGCGCCGGCCUCCCGGACCUCAGCACCAUGACCGAGGAGGAGCAGAUUGCCUAUGCGAUGCAGAUGUCUCUCCAAGGAGCCGAGUUUGGGCAAGGCGAAACAGCUGAGGCGGACAGCAGUGCCGACAUGGACACCUCAGAACCCGCAAAGGAGGAAGACGACUACGACGUGAUGCAGGACCCCGAAUUCCUCCAGAGCGUGCUGGAAAACCUGCCGGGCGUGGACCCCAACAACGAAGCCAUCCGCAACGCCAUGGGGUCGCUGGCCAGCCAGGCCUCCAAGGAGAGCAAAGACAAGAAGGAGGAGGAGAAGAAAUGAUGGUGUGGACAUGGCCCUCCGUCCCUGGUAUGAGAGCAGCCUUCCGGAGCACCUUCUCCCUCUUUCUUUUCUGCACGUCCCGGUUCUUGUAGUCCGAUGGCCGUCGGCGUCUGUAACCUUUCUCCCCCAGGAUAGCUGGUGGGGGGCAGUGUCACUAGGGUGGGGGCUCAAUGAGGCUCUUUUCGGUCAGCGGGGUUGGGGUUUAGCAGGUGGUCAUAAUAAUAAACAAAAAACUCUUACAUUUUC